GCCUACAGCAUCGCUCAGAAGGCACGCAGCGGUGCUAUAAGCUGCAGUUCGGGGCGUCGGCUUCGUCCGCCACCAUGCCUUACGAGAGGGACUCGUACAAGCUGUUCGGGUUUUCAGAGGAACUGGACUGGAAGCCCCUGCACUUGGUUCAGCCCAUAGAUGACGCAAGAGUGUGUAGCGCGUGCGGAUUCGUGCCCAAGAGAAGCGGCUUCCUGCCCUGUCGCCACGUCCUGUGCGAGCCGUGCUACGAGCAAUGCAAGAACAGGGGCCACAUCUGCGUCAUGGAUGGCGAGGCGUGCCCGGAGACCGGAAUCCACUGGAGGGAAUUCCCUGUCGAUAAGCUCUUCAACAGAGAAGUCAGCUGCUGGAACAAGGCAUACGGCUGCGAAACCAUCACUACAGUUUCAAACUUGGUCAACCACUUUCACGAAAAGUGCGCCCACCAUUCCACGCGCUGUCACAAGUGCUCAGCGACGGUUCUUCAGAGAGACAUGAUCGCACACCUGGAGUCGAGUUGCUCGGCCCACGUCUUGAGCAGGAAGUCCUCGACGUCAAGUUCAGAAGGCAUAGGGAGAAAUGAGAUACAAAACGUCCAAACUGUACUCCACGACAUAAAGCAGUGCUUACAGAACGCUACCACUGAACAUGAACACUUAAGUUCGAGAAUCGGUAAAGUUCUCGGACAGCGCCUCGAUGCGCAGAGUGAACUCGGGGACGUCAUCAGGGAAAUGGCGGAGCGAAUCAAUCUGACACUGCGGGUUAUCGAAGAAAACGUCAAAAGAGACGAAGAGGUUCAGCGGGAGUUCGAUGCCCUGAAAGCGACCUUGGAAGAACGAGUAGCCGAUACGAAAUUGACGAUGGAAGCUUUCGUGCGGGCUCAAAAUUCGCAGGCUGAGCUCAGAAGCAAGGCGCAGAGCGACGUGACGCAAACUGUCAGUGAUAUGCACCGAGAAGUGCAGCGCAUCAAAUCGGAGCUGGAAAACAUCCAGCACGAGUUGUGCUGAGAUUCCGUUCUUUCGAAGAGUGUCAUCUAGGGGUCUCUACAGCCAGCCUCUGAGUCUGGUUAUACUCAAGCUUUCAAUUUAUCAAAGGGUAGUUUUUUUUUAUUAAAUAGUUACCCCCUCUAUGAGAGCAAUACGCGGUCGAGAAUGCGCGAUGUUUUACACAGAAAUACAGAUAAAUCACUGUACUAUACAUUAAAUUUGUUUCUUCUGUGUCUGGAUGCUCGUUUCACACACAUUUGCAAUAACCUUGCUUGCCUAUUUGUUCCGCUGUUAUGCGUUCGGUCCCAGCGUUUCACAGAAAAUACCCUUCCUUCCAAAACAAUUUCUGCUGUUGAUAGAACAGGUCCGCAACGCAUUCUGGGAACAUAUCUGCUCCAACACUCACUAAAUUCCCUAAGCAUUCUCUAUUAAUUCUCUAUAAUUGCAUUGAGAGCCUUUCAGAGAAACUAAAUGCGUCCUAAUACAGCACUCAAACAAAGGCAAAAGGUGCCAAACCAGGGUCACUUCCACACUAAUAUUCUCGCCUCAACAAAGCUUCAACAAAGCGUGCCUUUGACUACUAAAUCCGCGAUAACAUUAAAGAUGUAUUGGCACUAAUUUCGCUAUCUGUCUCUGAAAGUUUGCAAGAAUCAGUCACCAAGUGUUGGGUCGGGUUAUCGGUAACUUGGUGAAACUUGCACUACCUCUGGUGUUUCGCAUUCCCGCAUCAGAAACAGUCCGUCUAAAGUGGUGCACCAUGACACCGAAAGAUAUGCGGCACAUAUAGCAACAGCCCCUGCCACUUCCUUUGGGGACGUCGGCUUAAAUGGUAACACCCGAUGUGAGUGCGCUUUAUGUACGCAUGGUGGUCGGCGACUCCAGCAUCGAGGUGCACGCAAAGCGCCGCGUAGUGAAUCUCAGAAGCCAUACAAAUGGCCAGUACUCUUCUGCGGCCCCUGCUUGAUAAUGCUUGUAAAUCCUAGUCGUAAAUCUCAGAGGACAUCGAAUCAAUGCUCUUCUGCAUGCUUCACGCGCUAGCGCACGCAGAAAAAAAAACGUAAUGCAUCUCGUACAUCUAAAAGUGAUUUUCAAGUUUGAUUUCAAUCACUGAAGAAUGUAUUUGAUAUUUCCUAAUGCUACCUGUAAUGAACUCGUUGAAACAAUUCUGUCGACUAGUAUAGAUUAAGGUUUCAGCGCAAUAUUUCUUUUUUCAGAAUGCAACGCAACGUAAUUGUGAAGUAGAUUUUACAGUGUCCGUGUUACAGGCGUCUGGUUCUUGGUUCGAAUUUAACUUUCGACAAGCGUUUUUUUUUUAUUUUUUAUUUCACGUUGCCUAGGUGUUUGAGGUUGACGUUACGUAAUGCCUCAAAGAUAGCUAGAUUAGGAGCUCAUAACUGUUUAGCAUGAUAAAAGCCCGGCCGCGCAGGUAUUGCGUCCACAAGCCGCGAUUAGCACACCAUUUCAUAGAUGGCCAAAAUCCAUGUGCAAAAGGAAGUGCGCAAGGGCAUCGGAUUGUAUAAGGACACUCACGAGAAAUUUGAGU